AGUGAGAAUAAAAGCGUUGCUCAAGCUUGCUAUGUUUCUGUAUAACUCGCGCAUUCGAACUAUACGGAAGUUAUCUUGUUUUCAUUACAUAAUAUUACGAUGGAAGUCCUCGGUCCACAGGAAAGCCUUUCUACUUCGCCACCAGACAAGCCAAAGUUGAUGAAUGGAGGCAACUACAUAUUGGAAGGCCGUGACUCCAGUAAAUCAACAUGGUUGUUAUUUGCUCCCGGAACUCGAGACGAAGCCGGUUCACUUGCCAAGUUCUUGAGCGUUUUCUCGAGACACGGUGUAAACCUCAGCCAUAUCGAAUCCCGGUCAUCUGCUAGACGACCGGGCUACGAGUUUAUGGUUGAAUGCGAGCAUGGGUCCGGAGAUUUUGGUGCAGCGCUUAAGGAGUUGAAGGAAGAAUCAGGAUACUUGAAUAUUAUUUCACGCAAUUACAAGGACAAUAGAUCUGCUGUCCCAUGGUUUCCACGUCGUAUACGAGACCUCGACAGGUUCGCCAACCAAAUUCUUUCCUAUGGCGCUGAAUUGGACUCUGACCACCCAGGCUUUACAGACGCGGAAUACCGAGCAAGAAGAAAGUAUUUUGCUGAUAUUGCUUAUCAUUAUAAGCACGGACAGCCACUGCCCCAUGUCGUCUACACCAAAGAUGAAAUAGCUACGUGGGGCGCGGUGUUCAGGAAACUUACUGAAUUAUACCCGACUCAUGCCUGCAAAGAGCAUAACCAUGUGUUUCCCUUACUUAUUGAGAACUGUGGAUACAGGGAGGAUAACAUACCCCAGCUAGAAGAUGUUUCUAAUUUCCUUAAAGAUUGCACCGGCUUUACGCUGCGUCCGGUAGCGGGACUCCUAUCAUCCCGUGAUUUCCUGGCUGGACUCGCGUUCCGUGUCUUCCACAGCACCCAGUAUAUCAGACACCACUCCAGACCUCUGUACACACCUGAGCCUGACGUGUGCCAUGAACUACUCGGACACGCGCCACUGUUUGCAGAUCCAGCGUUCGCGCAGUUCUCACAAGAGAUCGGUCUUGCAUCUCUAGGGGCUCCUGAUGACUAUAUUGAAAAGCUUGCGACGUGUUUUUGGUUCACCGUGGAGUUUGGUUUGUGCCGACAAGAUGGCGAACUGAAGGCAUUCGGCGCCGGUCUUUUGUCUUCAUUUGGAGAGCUCCAGUACUGUCUUUCUGGAGAACCAGAGUUGAAACCUUUCGAGCCCGAAGUAACUGGCAUUCAGAAGUACCCAAUCACUGAAUAUCAACCCAUUUAUUUCGUUGCUAAUAGCUUCGAGAGUGCUAAAGAGAAAAUGAUCAAAUUUUCCGAAACGAUUCCUCGAGACUUCGGUGUACGUUACAACCCGUAUACACAGAGUAUCGACAUUCUAGACUCGCCCAAACAAAUGAAAGAUCUAUUGCGUCAAGUUCACACCGAAAUGGACCAUCUGCUGAAAACUCUGGAGAAAAUCUAAUUAAUAAUCAUUAGAUAAGAUAUAGAUGAAUAUUUAAAAGUAAUUUAGAAUAAUUAUUAUAUAUUAUAUAGAUUAAUUGUAGUAAUAUUACGGAGCUUGGUUUAUAUGCUUUUGGUCAUUGUCGACUAGUUUUAAAUAUUUUAUAAUAUUCUUGUUUGUAAGCUGUCUUCCAUGUUGUGAUUUCAAAAUUUGUAUUAUAUCAACCCCUGAGAUUACUUAAACGUCAAUCUAAACGUAUAACGGCCGUUCCUAAUAUUCAGUCUAUCUCUUACUUGAGAUAAAAAUCAACGGUAACUCACCUUAUCCAUACACGCUGUCGGUGAAUGGGACGACGUAUAGCUUACCAGCAAUAGAAGUUUGUCUUGAAAUUGCAAUUGACGCGUCCCAAUAUAAGGCGAUAAGAAUGACUUAUCGGGUAUAUUGGGACAGCUUCAGAUUAAUGACAGCUAAUUACUGACAGUAGAAAGUAGAUAGUAUAUUGGGAACGGUCGUUAAUAAUCUGAAUAGGUUCUAUCUAGAGCCUCUUGCUGCUAGAAAACCGAUAAGAACAGGCCAGGUUUACUAGUUUAGUGUGCGUGACAAGCAAGUAGAGAUGUCAACCUCUUUUUUUGAGGUUUUCACAGCUGUCCAGUCUAUCUAGAUUCUAAACGUAUAAAUAAUUUAAGAUAAGAUAUAAGAGAUAAGAUAUAAUACACAAAAAAAAAUAUUACUAGAUACUGACAAAGAUGUUUAUCUGAAAUAGUUAACAAAAUAGUAAAAAACAAUAUAAUUUUUAAUAAUUUUGAUUAAAGUUAUAAAUUAGGUUGAUUAUGUAAAUUGGAUCUCGAACGCAACAAAAGAUCCUAAGAUAUAUAUAUUUUUUAUAUUUUAGUUUUAAAACGUCUUGUUGAUUUUACAUAGUAAGUUAAGUAUUAUAAAAAAGCGUAUUUUCAAAAAAAAGGGUUUAAAAUUAUAAAGAAAACGUUUUUUUUAAACAAACUUUACAGUUCCUAGAUAUAAAUUUAAUAUCAUUACAUUUCUCAGAUAAUUAUACAAAUAAUUACAUGAAAAUAUAUAAU